ACGUGGUAUUAAUCCUAAUGAGUUUGCGAGAGGAUCAGGAAGCAACAGUAUCGCCAAUGAUUUGGAUUUGAUUCUAACCAGGGCUUCACCUGCGAUCUUGCAAGAUCGCUGCGUUCCGUCCUCUCCUCCGAGAAGCGGAGAUGGCGUAAUAGAAAGAUCAACAACAGCGAUCUUGCGAGAUCGCCGCGUUCCGUCCUCUCCUCCGAGAAGCGGAGAUGGCGUAAUAGAAAGAUCAACAACUUGGAGGCCAGUAAGGGCGCAAGUCACAAGCGUGACACCCAUCGUAAAAGCCUGUGACGCGCCCCGGCGAGCGAAGGGACGGAAAUUAGUCAGUAAGAGUCCGUCACUAGUGAAGAGGUUGUUUACAGACUCAGUCGAAUCACCCAUGUGUUCACCCAUGUGUUCAACCAGGGAAGUGGGACGUGGAUCUCAAUGCGUGAUUAACAAGACCGAACCGGAGACCCAAUCGGAUAACGGCCCCGAACCGAAUCAGGAAGCAGAGCGAUGUCGGAGAGAGCGCCAGAGUCCCACUAGACCUCUGUUUAAACGCAAGUUUCCUCAACGACGGUUUAACGCCAACAUCUCUAACCAGGAAGCGAGACCUGAAUGGGUCCGUCGGCUGAGAGUAGCGCCACCUCUCCGUCAGUGCUGUGACAGCGGAUUCUUGCGGCUCGCCGAAAUAACGAGCGGUUUGAUUUGUGACCUGAUUCGCGACUACAGCGCCAUGUUUUCUAACACAUGUGGAAAAAGGUUUUGUGUGAAAGGUUUGAAAUGUAUGUCUGUGUCGAGGUAUAUUUUGACGUUGUGAAUGCAGGUUUUUGAAUGUAUGUUAGCGUCAGGAAAAUAUUUUUGAUGUUGUGAAUGCUGGGUUAUAGAUAGGAGAAAAUUAUAUAAUAAAAAUGUGCAAGAAAAAUAAAAAAAAAAUCAUCUAACCCUGAGUUGUGACAUUUAACGAGGGGUCUAAAUAAAAAGUAAAAGCAUACAAAAUAAGCAAAAAACAUAACACUAUAAAAUACUGUAAAUAUAAACAUUAUAAAACAAAUACAUAUUUAAAAAAAAAAAAUGGAUCAGACUUUAGAGCGGGUCCUUGCCGAAUUAAGGUUAAGCGUAGAGGGGCUACGGCUUAUCCGCCCCUCCUUUCGCAUAGACAUAUGGCAGGACAUAUACGAUAACGCCUCAAUGAUUCAGCAAGAUCCUCUACAGGCGAUAGAAAAUGCAAUCCUCGGUCUAAAUAGGCACGAUGAUCCAUUUCUGGAAAUCGAAGCCGCGAUUCAUUCUAUAAAUGUAGAAGAAGGAGA